AGUUUAUAAAUAUCAUUCACUUAAAACGUAAGUUGCAUUUGGCCUUUCUAUUUAGCGAGAUGAAGAUCAUAGCAAUAAUCCUAUUGGCAAAUCUUGCCCAGUCAAUAUGUAUUCAAUUAACUGAGGAAAAUAAUGCCCUAGUUACACGGCAGCUACAAAACAUUGUCAAUAAAUAUAGAGAAAUAGCCACUGGAAACAGGGAACUGUCUCAGUGGAUAGAAAAACUUUACUAUAUUAUUCCCAGGAAUGCAGCGGAACUUCAAACAAAAACGGAGGAACUGUUUCGCUUUAAGCAAUACGAUGAGAAGCGUCAACAAUUGGAGGACAAAAUUACGGAGCGCUUAAACAAGAUCAAAACCCUAAUUCUUAAAAGAAGAGGUAAAAAAUGUGUUAAAUUUUACCAAAAGCAGAAAAACGCACUUGAAAACGCGUAUAAGCUUUCCAAUUUAAGGAAGGAAGUCAUUGUUAAUGAAAACAGUUUAGAAUGCCUAAAAAAAUCAAGAGGAGACUACGAUGAUUAUGAUGAUUAUGAUGGUUAUGAUGGUUAUGAUGACUAUUGGGACAACUACGACUAUAAUUAUUAUUGGGUUAAAAAGCCGCCAAAAAUAACAAAAAACUAUGUAAAAUAUGAAACAGAUUGGGAUGUGGUUGGAUUUAGGUAAUAUGUACAUUGUAAUUCAAAUCAUUCCAGAAAAUAACAUUCAAUGUUAAGUUAGUUCUGAAACUAUGAAAUCGAAACGCUUCUUUUAUUUUCAUAUAUAUUCCCUUAGGACAGAUAGGGUUAUUAAAUUAAGAUCAAAUAUAUUUUUGUAUAUAUAGCUGAUAUUUUUGUAUAUAUAGCUGAAUCACGAAAGUAAAAACUAUUGGAACCCAAGUCAUAUAAAAGCAUUUCCAAUUGUUUUGUUAUACUUGUCGGCUUAGUUAUAUUAAACGUCAGUUUCAGUUAGCGUUUCAAAUUAACUAUAUGAAUAUUAUAGCCAUCGGCACAUCUUGGCUUUUCAAGUAAAUCAAAAUCUAUAUAAAUAUAUAUCUCUAAUAUUUUUAGGUAGAAUUGCCCAGCUCAAGGCAAAUGCAACAAAAUAAAAUAAAAAUGUUGUGAAAGAGUAUAAACAUUUAGCCACUGGAAAUUAU